AUGUUCGGCGCUACUCCAAAGUGUCCUCGCUGCCAGAAAUCAGUUUAUGCUGCUGAACAGGUCGUCGGACCAGGUCGAAAGUUUUACCACAAACCAUGUCUCACAUGCGCAAACUGCAAACGACGAUUAGACUCGUACAGUCUCGUCGAGCACAACGAAGAGCCAUACUGUAAACCAUGUCAUGUCAAAAACUUUGGAACCAGAGAUCUCAGACAGCAGAACCAUCCAUUCGCCCCACGACCCCGUAGCUCCUCCAAUACAUCCGACACCAGCAGUGGCAUUCCUUCGCCACCCGCUUCACCCCCCUUUGCAUACCAACGAACAAGGCCCGUGUCAAUCAACACAACUGGUAGUCUGUUGAGACCUACAAGGGCGCUAAGUCCUACCCGAGCUCUUAGCCCGACCUCCCCCACUUUUGGUCGAUCCUUUGGCGGAAGUAGACCGGGAAGUAGAUCCGGGAGCAACGGUGACUUGGGAGACAACCUCAACGGGCAUUCCAAGGUCAAAGAGGGCGACCAAGCUAUCCCUGAGGAAGUCGUUGAAGUCCCACCGCUGAACCCAGGGUCACUAGCCUUGGCUGCCCAGCAACUCUCUCUAGAUCCCGACGAAGCUACCACAGCCACGAAUUCCACUGAGCCUGCCGAGGACGCUCCUGCCACCCCUCCCCGCUCCAACCCCUCUCCUCCACCCUCUUCCUUCCCGACCAAUACCGGUCGCUCAGGCUUAGGCGGCCUCCCACGCACCGUACCCCUCGCUCUAGACCACGCCUCCCACACCAACAACUCCACCAACAUAUUACGCCAUAAAUCAACUAGAAGCAUAGAAAUCCGCUCUACCUCUCCAACAUCCAGACCCGCCCAAACCAUCGAUGCCCUGACCAUGCUCGAAAGCCAAGGGAUCAGCCCGUUGAGAGCUACAGCCACGGGUACGAGGUACGGUGCUGCCCUGGGCGGUGCUGGUGGCGUCAGUGGGCUUGGUGUCCAACUGACGGGCGCUGGAGGCACACCUAGAAAGUGGGGAGGCUCGACCCCCGUCUGUCCAGUCUGCUCGAAGAACGUGUACUUUGCUGAGCAGGUCAAAGCAGUAGGCAAGACAUACCACAAAUUCUGUCUCCGAUGCACCGAAUGCCGCACGUCCCUCGACUCGAGCAGACUUAGAGAUCACGACGAAAAGCCCUUCUGCACGAGGUGCUACAACAAGCUUUACGGACCCCAAGGAAGCGGGUACGCGCUGUUGGGUAAAGCCGGAGGCUGA